GAUCUUAGAUAUAUUAUGAGCGAUAUAUGUUACCAUACAUGGAUUAAGGCACCCAGAAGACUGUUACUCAACACCACAAAUGCUGUGGAUCAGAGUUGGGUUGAAACAUGAAGCCAGAAUGGCGAAAACCACAUCUGAAGGUGAUUAUGAUGGGCAAUUCUGGUGUGGGAAAGUCCUCCCUGAUGAACCGCUUUGUCAACCAUCGCUUCACCAAUCUGUUCCGUGCCACAAUUGGCACAGACUUCCUCACCAAGGAGAUCUCUGUGGAUGGGCGAUCUGUGGUUCUCCAUAUCUGGGACACCGCAGGCACUGAGAGGUUCCAGUCUUUAGGGACAGCCUUCUUCAGAGCGUCUCACUGCUGCCUGCUUGUGUUUGACGUCACCUCCACAGCCUCCUUCCAUGCCCUGGACACUUGGCUUCAUGAAUUUCUCUCACAGCAGGACAAGAAUCUGAGCCCCACUGACUUCCCACUCGUGGUAGUGGGCAACAAGACAGACCUUCAGAACCGGCAGGUAUCCAUAGAGGAGGCCCAGCGAUGGUGUCGAGUCGCCGGAGCACAGUACAUAGAGGGAAGUGCAAAAGACGACGUUAAUGUAGAGAAAUCGUUCCAUCAGGCUGCGUGUGUUGCACUUCAGUAUUUUGAGGUGAAUGAGGCGAACCCUGUGGACGACAGUGAUGGCCCGAUCCAGAUUAGUGAAAAUCCGAGUGAGAUCCGUCGGGUCAAGUGUCAGUGCUGACCAACUCAGUCACUGGGCCAGCACCAGUUCUACCAACAUCAUGCCUGGCAAAGACAAGCUGAGCCACAUCACCAGUAAACAGCAUGUCCACAGCAAACAGCACCAACAACAUGCACUUAAAAUGAAUCUUUUUAUUUUUUUCAAUCCUCAUCAGAUUGGGUCAGAGUUUAAGGCAUGACAACACAAACACUGGUUUGC